AUGCCUUGUGCUCACAAACACGCCCGGGGGAUACUUGUUGAUAUCAUUAUCGCUGAACACGAGCUCCGUAUGCACUCACAGUGGCAGGAACGAAUCAAAAGAAAACUCGAGAGUUCCUGCACGACCACUGGCAACUUGAAGAGCCCCAACGAGAAACUGGUCAAGGAAUUUCAUUCCGAGCUUUACAAGCUUCUACCUGAAGCGAGCGAAUUGUCACGCAAGCUCUACGAAGCAGAAUCCAUGCUUCCUGCCAACCCACUGAAGCGCAACUAUGAAGACAACCGCAAGGAUCCUAAAUGGUACAUGCGUAAAGAGCUGGUUGCAGACUGUGCGGGUCGAAAUGGGUGCUGUAGCCGUGGCUGUGGCUGCUGUGCACUUCGUGCUACGGAAUCUUAUGAGAGAGGCGUAGGCCAUUGUACAGUGGAGUGCUCAUGCUGCGUUAGCUUUCGAGGCUUUGAACCAUCCCCGAUGGAGAGGCAGGAGAUAAAAUUUUGGUAUCCGGAAUGA